AUGGAGAGUGAGGAUAAGGUGAAGAGAGAAGGUCUUCCUUUGUACGGAGGCAAGUACAUACAGUAUAACAUUCUGGGUAACCUCUUUGAAGUCUCCGCCAAAUAUGUUCCUCCUAUUCACCCUGUCGGUCGCGGUGCAUACGGCAUCGUUUGCUGUGCAACAAACUCUGAGACAAAAGAAGAGGUUGCAAUCAAGAAGAUUGGGAAUGCAUUUGACAAUAGGAUCGAUGCCAAGAGGACGCUUCGAGAGAUCAAGCUUCUUUGCCAUAUGGAUCAUGACAAUAUUGUCAAAAUUAAGGACAUCAUAAGGCCAGCAGAGAGGGAAAAGUUCAAUGAUGUUUACAUUGUAUAUGAACUAAUGGAUACUGACUUGAAUCAGAUAAUACACUCCAGCCAGGCUUUGACAGAUGAUCACUGUCAGUACUUCCUGUAUCAAUUGCUGCGGGGAUUGAAAUACAUACACUCUGCAAAUGUUUUGCACCGCGAUCUGAAACCAAGCAACCUGCUUCUCAAUGCAAAUUGUGACCUUAAGAUUUGUGACUUUGGGCUCGCUAGAACUACAUCAGAGACAGAUUUCAUGACAGAAUAUGUUGUAACUCGUUGGUAUCGAGCCCCUGAGUUACUGCUCAACUGUUCAGAAUACACUGCAGCCAUUGAUAUUUGGUCGGUAGGUUGCAUUUUCAUGGAGAUUCUUAGGAGGGAACCACUAUUUCCCGGUAAAGACUAUGUUCAACAGCUGAGUCUCAUAACAGAGCUACUAGGUUCACCAGAUGAUUCAGAUCUUGGAUUUUUAAGAAGUGAUAAUGCUAGGAAGUAUGUUAAGCAGCUCCCACAUGUCCCAAAGCAACCCUUUGUGCAGAAGUUCCCAAACGUCUCGCCACUGGCAAUUGAUCUUGCAGAAAAAAUGCUAGUUUUUGAUCCAAGCAAGCGUAUAACUGUUGAGGAGGCAUUGAAUCAUCCAUUUUUAUCAAGUCUUCAUGAGAUCAAUGAGGAGCCCGUUUGCCCAUCUCCUUUCGUCUUUGAUUUCGAGCAGGCAACCCUGGAUGAAGAAGAUAUAAAGGAGCUCGUAUGGAGGGAGUCUCUACACUUCAACCCGGAUGAUAUGUUGGGAUAA